AUUUCCUCACUAUCGUUUUUUUCCUUGCUUAAAACUUUGCCUCCUCUCCCCUUAUCCUUUUGUACACCCAAACGAACGCACGGACUCCCCACCGGAAAAGAAGAUGAGACCGGAAUUCUCCGACUUUUCGACACCGGGAAAUGAAGGAAUCCGGCGGCCGAACCUUCCCCUCCAACUGCUGCUGGAGAAGAAGGAGGAGGACACUUGCUCGACAUCUAACGGCUGUUAUCUCGGAAGGAGCAUGGACGCUUCCCUGGCCUUGUCUUCUUCCACUACCUCUAACACUCCCGCUGGUACCAGCGCCACAGCCGCCGCUGCCACCACCACCAUCACCAACAACUCGGUCGGAAGCUGGCAGGAAACAAAGAAGCAGGCGCCCAAGAGGGCGUCGACGAAGGAUCGGCACACGAAGGUCGACGGUCGGGGCCGCCGGAUCCGGAUGCCGGCAUUGUGUGCAGCCAGGGUCUUCCAGCUGACGAGGGAAUUGGGGCAUAAGUCCGACGGGGAGACAAUCGAGUGGCUCCUCAGGCAGGCGGAGCCGGCAGUAAUCGCCGCCACCGGGACAGGCACCAUCCCGGCCAACUUUGCAACCCUCAGCGCCUCCCUCCGCAGCUCCUCCGCCGCGAGUUUGGUGGCGCCCCUCAAGGCAGCAGCCUCCGCGGCCACUGCUGCGGCUGCCAGCCACCACUGGGACGACGUGCAACGUAGAAUUCUACUCCCCAACGCGGGAGUCCAGACGGAGAAUCCCUACCUCAUCGGCUUCAGGCCGAACCAUCCUCACCAGGUGUUGAUAUCCAAGCCAGAGUUGCACCACCAACAGUGGAUGGACGCGGCUGAUCCCGAGUCCAGCACCAGCGACCGAUCGAAGAAGCAGCGACCAGGCCCGUCUGAGUUCCAAAUACCUCCGCCGGCGGCCGGAAACUUCUGGAUGGUCACGAACUCAAAUAAUCAGGGGGGUCUGGGCCAAGCCCAAGCAGAGCCCAUGUGGACCACCAGCAUGCCGAGCGGGCUUCAUUUCAUGAACUUCCCCCUCGGUUCCUGCGGCACGACGAUAUCGCCGCAUCUGCGGAGCAUGUAUGGCAUGAGCGAGGGGCAUUUAGACAUGAUCUCUGCUCUUAACAUGCACAAUAGCAGAUCUCUAAUGGCGGGAACCAACGACUCGUUGGCGGCACCGGAGUCGAUGCCUGUGUCGGCGCCGGCCAGAAGGGAUCAUCAACAAGGGCAGGAUGAGGGCCAUGACCAGUAGUUGGUGGAAUGAGGCCCUGUUAAUGACAGUGGGGGCCCUGGCAUUGGCACUAGCUAACAUAUUGCAUGUGUUCUUGAACAGGCUUUAGAUGAACAUGCAGCCAGCUUCAACUCGGUCCUCACAUGGAGGGGAGUAUCAGUAUCAGUUGUGUGUCUCAUCUGCAAAAACAGCAUCUUAAUCAAGAUUUGGGGUUUCUUGUUUCAAAUACCAAUACAAGCGAUUGAAGGUUUCUUUGGUGUUAGGGUUUGCUGAUCAGAUGUGGGGUUUAGUUGGUUUUGGGUAGGGUUUAUAUGGAAUUCAUUGAUGAUUAAAGAAAGAAAAAGCUUGCCUAAUUUUUAUGGAAAAAGAAGAAUAUUGCAAGACACCUUGUUUUGUUUAUUAUUUUUUACACAAGUCUGAGUUUGGGUUUGUGGUUACUUAAAAAUGCUCAAUGAUUGUAUUCCCUAUUGACAUAAGCUUCUCAAAUUCCCCACUUUA